GCGAAUGCAGUCACCGCCAGGAGACGCUAUCGCUUUGGUUUCCUACCCCGGAAGUGGCGAUACGUGGCUCAGAUACUUACUACAACAAGCAACAGGUAUAUAUACGGGGUCAAUUUACAUUGACGAUGAACUGAAGGAUAACGGGUUUCCAGCUGAAGGUACAUACGAUGGUUCUGUACUGGUGGUGAAGAUUCAUGAAUUUUGCGAUUAUAGUAAAAAGUACGCUUAUGAAAGGGAACUAUAUUUUGGAGAAUCUGCUAUUUUGUUCAUGCGGAACCCCAGAGAUGCAUUAUUGUCCCUGUAUAAUCAACUGAGCUCACAUGCGUCAGGCAUCAAGUAUAGUUUCGGAAAGAAGUUAUUUUCAUACCGACACUCCCAUAAAGACGAUGGUACCUCACCCGUCCUGAUGAGAGUCAGUUCACAAUGGGAGAGGUAUGCUUUCGAUGCUAUGUCGGAUUGGGAGCAGUUCCAUAUGUCCUGGCUUAAUUUUCGGGGGAAACUACAUAUUGUGAAAUAUGAGACCCUGGUGUCGGACACUCGCCGAGUGCUGAAAGACAUUCUGGAAUUCAUCAAGUUCAAUGUUUCUGAGGAAGACCUAGACUGCGUUAUGAAGCAUCGUGAGGGGAUUUGGCUACCCAAUCAUCCUCAAAUAAGCUUCGAUCCAUUUACUGAGGUCAUGUAUAGUAGAUUAGACGAUAUACAAAUCACCGUGUCAGACGCAAUAGCGGAGAAAAACCUGACAAUAGACAAUGAAUUGACGACGUUACCACGUAAAGAGGAAACCACUACAGAAACAACCUUACCAUACAAAGAGAUAAUCAGCACAAUUCCAGGUGUAAAUACAUUCAAGAAACUUGUGGUGAACAAUAGUAUAAGUUCGUCAAAUUCAGAUAGUUUAAGUAUUGAAUACAGGGACAUAUUAUGAAGAAAACGAUUCCUAAACUGAUAAUUAUAAUUGUUUCGAAUAUCGAACGAAGCUUCCACGUCACAGUCCAACUCCCAAGACUCUAGAUCACGCGACAGAUGCCAGAACAAAGAAGAGAAGAAGGACCAAUAUCGUGAAAAUUGAUUUAGAAGACGCUCACGACUCACACUUGCUAAAUUACACAUACGA